AUGUACAAGAGCCUUAUUGGUAGCCUGCUGUAUUUGACAGCAACCAAACCUGACAUCAUGUUUGCUGUUAGUGUGCUGUCAAGAUAUAUGAAUUGUUGCAAUGAUCAGCACUUUCAGGCAGCUAAAAGAGUGCUGAGGUACAUCAAAGGCACCAUUGGCCAUGGUGUGUUGUUCAAAAGGGCUAAAAGCAUGAAGCUAAUAGGCUAUGCUGAUAGUGACUGGGCUGGUUCAUGUGAUGAUAUGAAGAGCACAUCUGGAUAUGCUUUUAGCCUUGGCUCAAGCAUGUUUUGCUGGAGCUCUAAGAAGCAAAACCUUGUGGCACAAUCAACAGCAGAAGUUGAAUAUGUUGCUGCUGCAGCUGCUGUAAAUCAAGCCAUAUGGCUUAGAAAAAUCCUAGUUGAUUUGAACCAAGACCAAGAAGGAGCAACAGAGAUUUAUUGUGAUAACAAGUCUGCUGUUGCAAUUGCAAAGAAUCUUGUUUUCCAUGGUAGAACAAAGCAUUUUAAUAUCAAGCUACAUGUGAUAAGGGAAAUGGAGUAA